UUGAGACCACCCUGUUGUGAUGUUUCUUUAAAUCCAAUCCAAAGGGUCGAGCUGAUUCAUUCCAGGGGCUGCAACACAGCUCAGGAGUAAAUUAUAGAAAUAUAUCUGAAUCAAUAAGGGAAUGUCAGAUUCACGUCUCGCCCUUUUAACAAUAAUAUUGAGCAUUCCACUUCGCUUUUACCUACCUAGGUAGAUAGCCUAUGUUACAUAUCUCACUAGAACUUGGUAGUUUGGAUAGUCUAUUCAAAUACUCCAAAGUUCGCCCCAUCAUCCGGUCGAUCAUCUUGAUAUACUAAACCAGCAAGCACCACUCCUUCUCAGCAAACCUUACGGAUAUCUAUUUAUACCAUUAGGUAGUUAUUCGACCGAGGUAAGGCUUCUUUCUUUCUUUUCCGUACAUCCAGCAUCCGAACAAACAGUACACAAUGGGGCUCUCGAACCAAGCCAGAACCGCCGUCGCAGCCGGCUUAUUGGCCUUCUCCGCCCAGGCUGCUGCUUCGGCCAACUCGCCCUCUUCUUCUUCUCGGUACACCGCCACCUCGACCGUUUCCCUGGCCAAACCCUCGUCCUCGGCCAUCCCGGGCGUCGCCAACGUCCCGAUGCUGCUCGCCGUCGUCCCGGUCGGGAGCACCCGCAGGGACACCGUUAUCGCGGGGAAGAAUAACCGCAAGAACGCUAAGCGCGGACCCGCCGCUUAUUACCAGGGCUUCGUAGGCGCCCCGGCCGCGAACCCGCUCGGCUGCGCGGACGCGACCGCGUUCGACCUCUCGGACGGGGUUGUGCACCACGGCGACGCGGGCGCGGGACGGGACGUGCUGUACGAGCCGCUGGCGGCGGUGUCGUCGGCGGUGAGCGAGGGCGCCAAGUACACGCCGGGCAGGGUGGUGGUGGAGGACGGGCGGCUGCGGUGGUACGACAGCGAGUUCUACGGGGGGCGGGCGCGGUACUGCCAGAUGCCCGGGUCGGGGCAGGUGUACGUGACGUUCCACGUCGAGGACACGUGGCCGGAGGGGUGUCGGGAGGUGGACCUCGCGGCGGAGCCGGAGUCGUCGUGCCGGGACGGGACGCUCGCGUCUGGGGGCGGGAAUUUGAAGGGUGGCGAUAAGGCGGGGAAGAAGCAUACGCAUAAGAAGGGUAGGGGUGGGUAUGAGUCUGAAGAUGGGUAUGAUAGUGACGGCGAUCAUGAUGUUGAUGAUAAGCACAAGCAUAAGGACAAGGGAAAAGGGAAGAAUAAGGGCAAGGGGAAGGAUCAUGACGACAAGGACAAGAAACACGAUGACUCGGAUAGCGAUGAUUCGGAUCACGACUCUGAUAGUGAUGACGACGACCACCACCACUAUAGAACCCGAUACGACACAAGCACCGGAUACAGCACCUCCUACAGCCAGGCGAGCCCAACCAGCUACCAAACCAACUCGGGCUACAAGACUUCUUCCUCUUAUUCUUCCUCUUCCUCUUCCUCUUCUCCUCACAGCCAAGCAUCGCCCGCACCCCCCUACCCCACCACCGCCAGCGCGCAGACCCCGUCGUCCGAGGGCAUCUACCUGACGAACGCCAGCCCGACGGGCCAGGAAUGCGUCGAGACUCACCUCUCCUGGGUCCAGGGCAGCCACACGUUCAUCAAGGACGAGCUAUGAUCCAUCUCUUUACGGGACGAACUUGGAUCUUUAUACGCUCGCGCAUAUCAUCAGUUUUACCACCACCACCACCACCACCCCUACUACUACUACCUCUACCAGCCAGGUUUCCUGGG